ACUUGUAUGCUUCAAAUGUACAAUACGCGCCUCUCCCCUAUUUCUCGUUGCUCGCACACACCAGAAUGCCUCGUCUUCCAUUGUAGUCCUCCAAAGAAAACCACUCACCACUAGACUCCCUAUGUUCCAUGGGCCAUGGCCUCCCAAUCCUACGAAACCCUAGCACUGGACUCCUCCCAUCUCUUCCUCACUGCCCUUCAAUCCCUCCGUCAACAACAAGAACCACCACUCCCUCUCUCUCUUGCUGCCGUUCCCACCUCUUUUCCCCGGUCCAAACUCAUCCCCAAAACCCGUUUCGCGAUCGAUGCCUUCCGUUUCGCCGGUGAUUUCUCCGUUUCCUACUUCCUUUCCCACUUCCACUCCGACCACUACACCGGCCUCUCCCCCAAUUGGUCCAGAGGCCUCGUUUUCUGCUCCCACACUACCGCUCGUCUCCUCGUUGAAGUUCUCAAAGUCCCUUCGCCGUUCGUCAUUCCAUUACCGCUUCGCGAAACUGUUGCAAUCGACGGCAGUGAGGUUACACUUGUCGACGCGAAUCAUUGUCCUGGUGCGGUGCAAUUUCUGUUCAGGAUUCCAGGUCCCAACGGCAAAUUCGAGAGGUUUGUUCACACGGGCGAUUUCCGGUUUUGCGAUUCCAUGAAAUCAGAGCCUCUUUUCUCUGAAUUUACUGGAUCGGAUGCGGUUUUCUUGGAUACUACGUAUUGUAAUCCGAAAUUUGUGUUUCCGUCACAAGAUGAGUCUGUCGAGUAUGUUGUAAGUGUCAUAGAGAGAAUAGGAGGUGAGUAUGACAAGGAUGGUCUAAUGAAAAACGUUUUGUUUCUUGUAGCUACUUAUGUUAUUGGGAAAGAGAAGAUUUUGCUUGAAAUUGCUCGGAGGUGUGACAGGAAGAUAUAUGUGGACGCUAGAAAAAUGGAGAUUCUGCGUGUCUUGGGGUACGGUGAUAGUGGGGUGUUUACAGAGGAUGAGCGUGAAAGUGAUGUUCAUGUUGUUGGGUGGAAUGUAUUGGGUGAGACAUGGCCUUAUUUUAGGCCGAAUUUUGUGAAAAUGAAGGAGAUCAUGGAGGAAAGAGGGUACUCGAAGGUUGUGGGUUUUGUUCCGACAGGGUGGACAUAUGAAGUGAAGCGCAAUAAAUUUACGGUGAGGUCUAAGGAUUCUUUUGAUAUUCAUCUUGUACCGUAUAGUGAACAUUCAAACUAUGAUGAACUUAGGGAUUAUGUGAAGCUGUUGAAACCGAAGCGUGUUGUUCCUACAGUGGGGUUGGAUGUUGAAAACCUUGAGAGUAAGCAUGCUAAUAAAAUGCGAAAGCAUUUUGCUGGGUUUGUUGAUGAAAUGGCCAACAAGAAAGAGUUUUAGGGCUUUUAUCGAGGCUCUUUUGAGAUGGUUGACAAGGUUGCAAAGGAUGCCAGUGGUGCCUCAAAUGAGUGUCUGGACCGGGAUAACGAGGCCGAGACAUCUGUGUCAAAAGUCAUUAAAACUGGUUAUCCGGGUUUUGUGUUGGAAUCGUCAUUGUCUCUGAAAGAACCGGUUACACAAGAUCCAGUGUUAUUGAAUGAUGAGGAUGCAUCUUCUCUCCAACAACCUUGUUCACAAGAUCUAUCCAUGUUAAAUGACGAUGAAACAGAGAAAAUCAUUCAGGAACUUUGUGAUUGUUUGCCAGCAUGGGUCACUAGAAGCCAAAUGUUAGAUCUGAUUAGCAGCUCAGGAAGGGAUAUUGUUGAGGCGGCCUCCAAUUUCUAUGAGCGUGAAACUGAAUUUCACAAGCAAGUAUUCACUUGUAAAGCUUCUGAGUCUUCUCAGAAAAGCUUACUUAAUGACUCCACCUCGGUUUCAAACCCAGGCUUUGUUACGAGCAAUCCUGUUGGAAGUGUGGACAAAUUUUUAAGUCAAUUUGAUAAGUCAGUCAACCUGAUAGAUUCAAUCAAGAGUAACAUUUCCCCUGGAAAAAGGAAAAGGACUAUUGAGGCUGAGCCAAACAAGAAGGUAAAAGUCAAUUCAAUUAAAAAUGGCACUUCUCCUGGAAAAACGAAAACAAAGACCGAGAAUAAGCCGGACAAGAAAGUAAAGGUCGAUACGAAGUCAUACUGUGGUGGAUCAAAACAACCUACAAUAACAAGGUUUUUCAGUAAAGUUUUGCCUGAUGUUUCCCAAGGUGGUAAGGUUGGAACCUUGUUGGAGGAAAGCCCUAAAGAUGAAAAUCUGGUGCCUGAUGAUGAUGCGAAAUUAUACAGGGAUGAAAUAGUUCAGUUUAUUCAAAUAAUAAAUGGUAACGAAUCAUCUAAAGGCUAUGCUGCUACCAUCCUAAAUAAAACAAAAGGAGAUGUUAAUAAGGCACUGGAUAUAUACUACUGUGAUACUCAGGGUGGCCUUGGUGACUCUGUUAAAUCAGUUCGGGAGCAGAGCAAUAUGGACAACUGCUCUCCUGGCCAAAAAAAGAAUGUGUCAGGGAAAUCAGAACAUACUCCCGAUAUCUCCGUGCAGGCAUUGUUAACAAAGGAUGUGGAUGCAACUCUUGUUGCACUACCGUCAGAAAAAUACGAUCCUAUAAAGCAUGCAUGCUGGAGAAGUGGGCAACCUGCUCCAUAUAUACAUCUUGCGAGAACAUUUGACCUGCUUGAGGAUGAGAAAGGAAAGAUAAAAGCUACUUCUAUGUUGUGCAAUAUGUUCAGAAGUCUGCUGACCUUGUCUCCUGAGGAUGUGUUGCCCGCUGUAUAUUUGUGCACAAAUAAGAUUGCUGCUAACCAUGAAAAUAUAGAACUAAAUAUCGGUGGAAGUUUGGUCACAUCAGCACUGGAAGAGGCAUGUGGCACAAACCGGUCCAAAAUAAGGGAGAUGUAUAACCAGCUCGGUGAUCUUGGUGAUGUUGCUCAAGAAUGCCGACAAACACAGACUUUACUUGUCACUCCUUCACCACUUCUAAUUAGAGAUGUAUUUUCUGCACUCCGAAAGAUAAGUGUACAAACAGGCAAUGGAAGCACUGUUCGAAAGAAAAACCUUAUUGUAAAUCUCAUGUGUACUUGUAGAGAGAAGGAGAUGAAGUUUCUUGUUAGAACUUUGAUAAGGAAUUUACGGAUUGGAGCAAUGAUCCGAACUGUUCUUCCUGCUUUGGCUCAAGCAGUUGUUAUUAAUUCCUCCCCUGGCUUUUACCCUGAAGGAAGAGUUGAUAAUUUGAAGGACAGGCUUCAGUGCCUUUCUGUGGCAGUGGUUGAAGCCUAUAAUAUCCUCCCCAAUUUGGAUCUGGUUGUUCCUUCUCUCAUGAACAAAGGCAUCGAAUUCUCUUCUUCAACGUUGUCUAUGGUUCCAGGAAUUCCUAUUAAGCCUAUGCUUGCAAAAAUCACAAAUGGUAUUCCACAAGCACUGAAGCUCUUCGAACAUAAAGCUUUUACAUGUGAAUAUAAGUAUGAUGGUCAGCGUGGCCAAAUUCACAGAUUAGUUGAUGGAUCUUUUCAUAUUUUUUCUCGAAAUGGAGAUGAAACAACAUCAAGAUUUCCGGAUUUGAUUAAUAUAAUUAAAGAGUCGUGUAAGCCUUCUGCAGUGACUUUUGUACUGGAUGCAGAGGUUGUUGCAGUUGAUAGAAAGAAUGGCUGCAGACUCAUGUCCUUCCAAGAACUAUCUUCACGAGGGAGAGGGAGCAAAGAUACCUUUAUCACAGUGAAUAGCAUAAAGGUUGACAUUUGCGUGUUUGUAUUUGAUAUAAUGUUUGCUAAUGGAGAACGGCUUUUGAGUUUCCCUCUCCGCCAAAGACGAAAAAAAUUGAAGGAAUUGUUUUGUGAUGAGAAGUUGGGAUAUUUUGAAUAUGCAAAGGAAAUGACAGUUGAAGCAAAUGAUGCUUGUAUGACUAAUGAAGCCACAUUAAGUAAGAUAAAUUCUUUUCUUGAAGAUGCGUUCCGCUCCUCAUGUGAAGGGGUCAUUGUGAAAUCAUUAGAUGUUGAUGCUGAAUAUUCUCCCUCAAAGCGUACUGACACAUGGUUAAAGGUCAAGCGUGACUAUGUGGAAGGAUUAUGUGACUCUCUUGAUUUAGUCCCAAUCGGUGCUUGGCAUGGAAAUGGGAGAAAAGCUGGAUGGUACAGUCCAUUUCUUGUGGCAUGUUACGACCCUGACACUGAGGAAUUCCAAAGCGUGUGCCGUGUCAUGUCUGGGUUUGCAGAUUCUUUUUACAGAGAGAUGAAAGAUUUCUUUUCUGGGGACACGAUUUUAUCCAAAAAGCCCCCGUAUUAUCUAACAGCUGAGGUGCCUGAUAUGUGGUUUUUGCCAAAACUUGUUUGGCAAAUAAGAGGUGCAGACUUCACACUGUCACCAGUUCACAAGGCGGCCAUAGGUUUAGUUCAUCCAUCUCGAGGUAUCUCAAUCAGAUUCCCCAGAUUCAUCUGCCCCGUUUCUGAUAGAAAUCCAGAAGAAUGUAGCACAGCUGCAGAUGUAGCUGAAAUGUUUCAGUCUCAGACUCGAAGGAUGGAUGUGGCAGCUGAAGAUUGAACAUUGUCUUUGUCAUUCUGUACAU